CUUAGUCACGGCUGGGGCAUUCAGACAGUCCGCACCUUUUUUAAAGCACGAAUCUCCUAUAGGCUUUAUUUUUUAAACAUUUAGGUUUUGAUAGUCAUGCUGCACAAUCAGUGCCUUAUCUUCGUGGCAGACGCAAUCGUGAAACUGUGUUCGCUUCAAAAAGGCAUUCGCGGUGAGUAAGCCCAGCAUUUUUUGUUUGAUAGCGAGUCCCGACGAGCACACGCUACGGUUAAAACAAAAAUGGAAUUCAUUUCGCUGUUAUUUUCACCUGUAACGUUGGCGGUUACGGCCAUAUCUGUUUUGUAUUUCCUUUACUGGUAUGGGACGUCGACGUUCAAUUAUUUCAGUGAUCAAGGCAUUCCCGGCCCGAAGCCUAUACCGUACGUCGGUAACGUCUGGGGCUUGUGGAAAGAGAAUCUUCCUGAAUACGACAAGAAAAUGGUGAAGAAAUACGGCAAAACUUUUGGCACUUUUGAUGGCACGUUGCCGAACCUUUUCACGAUUGACGCCGACCUUAUCAAAUCUAUUUUCGUCAAAGACUUUGACCAUUUCGUCAAUCGGCGAGAUUUCACAGUGAAGCGUAAAAUCUUUCGUAAAAUGCUUAGCAUCAUCCAAAACAAGGAAUGGAAAGACGUUCGUUCGUCUGUCACUCCCGUUUUCACAACAGGAAAAAUCAAACAAAUGUCGGUCUUGAUAACCGAAUGUGCCAAUCAACUGGUUCCCAAAUUUCGAAAGGUGGCCGAAAGCGAAGGGAAAUUCGAUGCUAAACUGCAUUUCAGCGCUUUCACGGUGGAGGUGAUUGCCCGAUGUGCGUUUGGCAUGACGAUUGAUAACCUGGGCGGAAAAGAUAACGAGUUUAUGACGAGAGCCAAGGCAGUUUUCAGCCCACCGGCCAACAAGUCGCCUUUGAUUAUGAUACCUUUCAUGUUCCCGAAGCUGAUGGCCACCUUUGCCGAUCGCAUUUUCUUCCCUAAAGAUUUCGAUUUCUUUAUCAACAUGCUGACGGAUUUGGUCCAGCAACGCUCGAAUUCGACUGAGAAAUAUCACGAUUUUGUGGAGGUGGCCACGAGGGCCAUCAUGGACUACACGAAAACGGUGGGUGGCAAGGAGGUGCCCGUCUGGGACAGGGAGGAAGUGGACGAAAUUGUCAUUUCUCAGUCGCUGUUGUUCUUGUUGGCUGGUUUUGACACCACAGCCACUACACUCACGAAUUCCGCCUUUUUGCUGGCCAGGAAUCCCGACGUUCAGGACCGAUUGUUCAAAGAGAUCAUGGAAAAGCAUGCGAAAUUCGGCGAAGUGAAUCACGAAAUGAUUCUCGAUUUUCCUUACGUGGAUCACGUCAUUCACGAGGUGCUGCGCAUGUGUCCACCUGUCAUUAGGAUGGAAAGGGCUUGUAAUAAAGAGGUCACUUACAAUGGCAUUCAUAUCAGGAAGGGCAUGGUCGUCAACGUUUCGACCUUUCCUCUCCACUACUGCGAAGAGUACUACCCCGAUCCUUACAGAUUUAACCCGGACAGAUGGGCUCCUGAUAGUGAAAUAAAGCCGAAUCCUUACGCGUUUAUGCCCUUUGGAAUGGGACCUCGUAACUGCGUAGGUAUGCGCUUCGCAAUGGAGGAAUUGAAGAUCGCCCUGUGCACGAUCGUCAAAAACUUCCGUUUCUUUCCGGUGGCGGAGACACCUGAGACGAUGCAGUUUGAAGACGGAUUUUUAGGAGUAGCCCAGCCCAUUGGUGCCAUAGUUGGCAUUGAAUCACGCUAAUCAGCGCAUCACAUUUCAACGUGAACACUUUCUUUUUAUUGAUUUGCCUUUGAGCAUGUUUUGGGUGGUGCGUUGUUUACAUUCGAAUUAUUCGUUUUGGUUUUUGUAGUUUCUCAAAAACGUAUAUAGUUACAAGCAAAGUAGAUAUGCAUAGUUAGAAAGAUCAAGAUUUGUAAUCAUC